CCCACAGUUCAGAGCCACCCGACCUCACAUCCAUCAUCUCUCUCUCUCCUCAAGAAACACCAAGCACACCCCAUUGCUGCCCUCACUUUCUCACUUUCUCUCUUUCUCUCUUUCACCUUCUCUUUCUUCUCUUUCUCAAUUUCAUUUUCUUUUCUCUUUCUCUCUCUCUCCCCCUCACUCUGUCUUUUGUUCGUUCUCUUCCUCUCCAACUUUCUUUUUAUUCUUAUUGACUCAUUCUCAUCACACUUGUCUCUAUUUGUCUUUCUUUCCCCCCCAAUAAAACUAAAAUAAUUCAUAUUCUCACUCAUCUUUAAUAACAAAUUCAACUAAUACAUAUGCAAACAUGGCUGCUUCAGUAGAUACCUUCAACGGCCCACAAACGCUUCAACAGAAGCAUAAUCAACGCUCUUCUCAAUGGAGCAAGCGUACUGUCCCUAGUCCUGCAUUAGCCCUAGCUUCUUUGCGGACGUCUUUCUCUCGAACAUCUGAGAGCAAAAAUAACAGCAAGAGCACCAGACAUUCAACCUCCACCCCAUCACCACCCUCCUCCGCAUCCUCUAUCGAGGAAGCUAAACACUACAGCAACAGAAAGAAAAUCGACUCGGGUAUUGACCUGCAGACCAUCUCUCCCACUAAAUUGCACACGAUUAGAAAUGGUCCCGCUGAUGAUUCAGAGGGUGGCUACUUCGAUAUCCUAGACAAGUACUGUCACUCGGAUGAGGAUCCAACCUCACCCUCUACUGCCUCACCAACCACGCCUUUUUCCUCCGGCCAUGGAUGGUCGGAUAUUCGUUCACCACAACCGCCAACACCUCCUGUCAGCUCUAAUAAACAUCAGCAACAUCAACAGCAACAACCUCAGAAAACCUCUGUACCUGUUCCUCCUCCGAGGAGAACUCCUCUCAGAAGCUCAUCGGCCCCAGUGCUUGAUUCUACUUCAGGCGCGCAGAACUACAACAAACCCAGCUACAGCCCAAUGCUCGCAGCCUCUGCACGGUUCAAUGCUUAUCUGCAAUCAACCUCAAACAGGAACAGCCACGACUCAUUACCUCUCAGCUAUAGUUUUAAUCAUAACCUGCAGAACAUUAAUGCGUAUUCGUCAUCCAACCAAUCAUCGCCAACGACAAGUUUGCGCUCAAAAAGACCUAUUCCUACACCAGGGACGAGUAUCACUACCCUUCCCACUUCUUCGCCCAGCCUUUCCGGAACCUCAAAUCCCUCGUCUCAGGGUGUUGGUCGCGAAUCUAGACCCGAGACCCCUGCCAAAGACAAUUCCAGAGCUCUAUUGAAUGCACCAAACCAGUAUGAUAUCGCCAACAGCAGUAACCCACAGUUACCUCUGCAAAGCCAACAGCAACCUUUGAACCAUUUCUCGACCGUAGUCGAAGAAACUAUGAGACGAAACAAAACUACUUCCGUAUCCAGUUCCAUGUCAUCUUCAGGGGUGACAGAAGGACUAAUGACAGUCAAUCCAUAUGCGGACAAUGCAAUGUCGACACCAACAUCACAGCGUGGACGAAGCAAUUCGGAUCAGACUCAGAAAGGUUUCAUAUCAGGGCAUCCAAGAGGGGAUCGGUAUUACAUGAGCGAUCCGCAUUUUGGUCGUGGUCAGGGAGAGCAGUCCUACUUCAGAUCGAGUCAGUCAUGUCUCUCACCUUCAUCCCCUGUGCCAUCGGCUUCUUCGUCUGCUUCAUCGCCAGUGACACCUUCCGAAAUGCUAUUUCGCCGAUUCGAUGAUCGCACACGAACUCUCAGCCAGAGUUCAUUGUUGACUCCGAAGUCAACAGCCUCAAAGUAUGCUGCCGCUCUACCUCCGGGCACAAAGUCAGCACUGGUCAAGAAACCUCCAUCACCCUUCGGUCGUCCACGGUCCAAAGAUGGUGUUCUAGCCGCAGCCGCAGCCCUGAAUCCUGAUGGGUCUGUGCGAAAGGUCGUCUUUGGGGAUAUGAUCACGAUUGUAACUGUAGAGCGUGCAGAGGUCCCUCCACCAAUGAAUCCAGCAUUGAGGAAGAAGAAAAAGGAGAAGCUCAAGUUGCGCAAGAAGAAGAAAUCAACCAAGGCAGGGCCACACCCGGAUCCGGAAUACGACUCUGAUUACUAUAAUGAGCCCUAUACCCCAGAGCCGACCGAGGUGGUGGUAACUCAGGCGCCAUGGAUAGGAAAUCCAAAUUACGACGAAGAAAAACAAAACUCGAGCUUUUAUUAUGAUGACAGUGACGAUUACGAUGAAGAUGAUGGUUAUGAGUACGAAGCCCCUGCUGAGUAUAGUGACGAUGAGGAUGAGGAUGAGGAUGAAAGUGAAGAAGAGGUCUCGCCUAAGAAAAAAGGUGGAAUCUUCAAGUUCAAACGUGCAGUCAACCGUCUUCUCCGUAAUUGAACAUCAAAUCAUUGUUGAGAGCAUUUUCGCUCUUUUUUCAUGUGCGAGCCGCAUUUUUAUUAUGUACAGUAUAUUUUUUUUUUGUAAUUAUUAUUAUCGGUUAUAGUCC